AUGGCCCUGCGCUACCCCACGGCCGCAGGCCUCAACAAGGGCCACAAGGUGACGAAGAACGUCAGCAAGCCGGGACAUAGCCAGUGCCACAGGCGCCUCACCAAGCACACCAAGUUCGUGCAGGACAUGAUCCGGGAAGUAUGCGGUUUCAUACCCCGUGAGCUGCGCACCAUGGAGCUGCUGAAGGUGUCCAAGGACAAGCCCGUGCUCAAGUUCAUCAAAAAGAGGAUGGGCACGCCCAUCCACGCCAAGAGGAAGCAGGAGGAGCUGAGCAACGUGCUGGCCGCCAUGAGGAAGGCGGUGGCUAAGAAGGACGGAUGCCCCUCCCCCAAUAAAUGUUGCUACUGCGGAAAAAAAUAG